AUGACCGAAAGCUCUCCAGAUGAUCUUAAUUGUAAACGAAAGGACUUCAUUUGCGGCGUUGUGGAAGGCUUUUACGGUCGCCCGUGGACCACUGAGCAAAGGAAAGAUCUAUUUCAAAAACUUAAGAAAUGGGGUUUAGAUAUGUAUGUUUACGCUCCAAAAGAUGACUACAAACAUAGAGCAUAUUGGAGAGAAUUAUACACUGUAGAGGAGGCUGAACAUUUAACAUCCUUGAUUUCGGAAGCUAAAUCGCAUGGAAUUACGUUUUGCUAUGCUUUGUCACCAGGACUUGAUAUCACUUAUAGUAGCCAGAAGGAAAUUACCACUCUAAAGAGGAAAUUGGAACAAGUGUCUCAAUUCGGCUGCACAUGCUUUGCUUUGUUAUUUGAUGACAUAGAGCCUGAGAUGAGUGAAGCUGAUAAACAGAUAUUUCAAAGCUUUGCACAUGCUCAGGUGUCUAUAACCAAUGAAAUUCAUCAGCAUCUUGGUUGUCCGAGAUUCUUGCUUUGUCCUACACAGUAUUGUUCUACCAGAGCUGUACCAACUGUUAAUAGUUCAGAAUAUUUGAAUACAUUGGGUACUAAACUAUCUCAGGAGAUAGAUAUUAUGUGGACGGGUCCAAAAGUAAUAUCGAAAACAUUAACAACUGAGUGUAUAGAAGAAAUAACGCAAGUGCUGCGUCGACCGCCUGUUAUUUGGGACAACUUGCAUGCCAACGACUAUGACCAGAAAAGGAUAUUUUUGGGCCCGUACUGCGGGCGGUCGCCCGAGCUCAUCCCGCUGCUGCGCGGCGUGCUGUCCAACCCCAACUGCGAGUACAACGCCAACAUGAUCCCGAUAUGGACGCUGGCGCACUGGGCCCGGUGCAGCCUCGAUGCGCCUGCGCAUAUGGAAGCGGUGUCUUGGGACAUCAAGCUGGAGCGUGAGGGCGAACAAGGCGUGUGUGAAGAUGAAGUGCCUCCCACCCUCGGGAAGCAUGUGUAUCAUCAUCGACAAGCCCUUAGACAAGCGAUUAACGAAUGGCUGCCAGAAUUUUCUAUACCUAAGAUGGCGCAAGGACCCGUUAUAAAACCACAAGCACCUACAGUGCCACCGGUACCGAUAAUCCCGAUCCUGCCGUCGGUGAACACGUGCAUGACGCUGACGGGCACCACCACCACCACCACCGCCGAGCUGGCCACCAUCCCCACCGUGCACACCAGCCAGCUGCACGCGCUGGCCGACGUGUGCUCGCCCGACCGCGCGCCGCUCGCUGCUGGGAUGUCACCAAUGGAAUCUUUCAACCCGGUAUCAAACCCAGUGAUGAACUCUCUCGUGUCCCCGACAAAAGUUAUACUAAACGAAUCGAUACCCAAUCCGAUCAUACCGAUUGCGAGUUCCAACAUAUCACUACCAUCGGAAAUACCUGUAUCGACAUUACCCGUCCCUAUUAUGGGGUUGAAAACUAUCGAUCAGGAUAAUAUCGAUAAAAUAGAGACGGACCACACUAUGUCGGAUAAAAUUGAUAUAAACGAAUCAGCAUCGAAUGAUAGUGUGUUGGAAACGGCUAGCUUUAUCGAUGAGAUGAAGAAAGAUGACGAUGAUACGAUCAUUGUUGAUGAUGUCGAGCCCGUUGUGGAACAGCAGCAGAAUGGCGAUAUGAGUAUUGGAGACACGCCGCAGACGCUAAGCCCGAGCCGGCCGCAGCCCGAGCCGCUGGACGUGGACCCGCCCUCGGCCAGCGCUACCGACUCCGACGUCAUCAUGAACGAUCAGCUCAGUGAGAAUGGUUCCAUGCAAGUGGAGCCAAGCAACAGUCCCCUGAGCGGAGACAUGAUGGUUGAACCAAGUGACCCAGUCGAAGUCACUGAUGAAGUAGUAGACGAGCAGAUAGAGAUCAACACGCUGACAGCGGACGACCUGCUGCUGCUGUGCGACCUGUUCUACCUGCCCUUCGAGCACGGCUCGCGCGGCCUGCGCAUGAUGCACGACUUCCACUGGCUCAACGCGCACGCCGCCAGCAUACUGCCCAGGGGGAACAAGCCCGAGACGAGCGAAUGGCGCCGGCGGCUGCGCCGCUUCACGUGGUGGGCGUCGCGCGUGCGGCGGCUGGCGCGGCGCGUGGCGGCCGCCGCCAACCGCGAGCUGUACGCGGAGCUGCGGCCCUACCUAUGGGACCUGUGCGCCGUGCUCGCUCUGCUGCAGGCCUUCCUCAGAUGGCUCGAACUUGGCAAAUUCCCUCCGAACAUAGCGAAUAAUACCCAAGGCAGCUAUACUUGGUUCUCUAAAGGUUGGCGGGAGGCGUUCGAGAGCGGCGCGCAGGAGCCGUGGGUGUUCCGCGGCGGGCUGGCGGCCGACCUGCGCCGCCUGUUGCCCGUGGAGUGCGCCGACCUGCGGCCCGCACCCGCGCCCGCGCCCGCGCCCGGCCUGCCGCGCAGCGUGCGCCCCUACGCGCCCGCCGACGAGGACACCGUGUGUGCGAUAUGCCACAAAACCUGCUGCGACGGCUCUGAUUGCAGUGAUCUAUUUCCCAGUGACUUGCAGACCUUGCCGGCUGAUAGGUUAGUGGCGCCAUUUUUAACACUGCAGCCGGAUUUAUGUAUGGUGAUAGAGGACGAUGGGUGCCUCGAUGACUACACAGAAGUGGAAGGGGAUGACCCUGAUGGGGAAAGACCGGUUAAGACAAAUGGCGUCAAACCGGAAAUAGUGGGAUACGCGUGCGCGACGCUCAACAGCAAGGAGUUCUACAAGAAGCAGGAGAUUGCGUGGAUACCGGAGAUGUGCGUCAAGUACCCGCUCGACCUGCUCGACAGGGAUGACCUCAGUCAGGCUGCUAAGGAGUGCGUGCGGCACUUCCACGAGUUCUCGCAGCAGGAGCGCGCGCCGGCGGCGGUGGCGCGCGCACAUCCGGCGCUGCUGUCGGUGUGUGUGCUGCCGGCGCGCGCCGACCCGCACGCGCCCGCGCGCCUGCUCACCGCGCUGCUGGCCGCGCUGCGCGCGCACGGUGUGAGCGGCGUGCACGCGUGCAUCAACACUACAGACCACUAUCUGCAGCAGUUCUACGCCAAGCUGGGCUUCGUGGAGGUCAGCCGCGGCUCCGGGCGCGUGUUCCUGGCGCGCGCUUUC